AUGGCGGCGGAGCUCGCCGUAUCCGUCCUCGCCAAGACCCUCCGAUGGAUCAUGUCGCGCUCGUCGCGACAACCAGAGUCAGAACAUUGUGCAAGUACCGCCGACUGGACGGACCUCCCAAGCGACCUCCUUGCGCGCAUCUUACAACUUCUUCAGCUCCCUGAAGCUCUUGUUGUCGCAGCCGUCUGCACCUCGUGGCGCUCGGUUGCAGAGGCUGCUGGCGACCCUCGUGCCCGCAUCCCUUGGCUCGUAUCAUGGAAACCUACAACGGGCUACUGUCGGAGCAGUGAGUUCCGGAACCUCCUCGACACCCACAAGACCUACAAGGUUAGUUUGCCUGAGGGGCGGUGUCACCUCGACUGGUGUGGAUCCUCCCAUGGUUGGCUCGUUGCAUCGAACGAAUACUCCAACCUUGUGCUAUACCACCCCUUCACCUUUGACAUUAUCCAUCUCCCACCCAUUACCGAUUUGGUAUGUGUGAAGGCAGUCCGCGACGGUGAUGGAAACAUUGUGGGCUAUUGUUAUGGAAAGGAUCUUGAGCAUGAGCCUACGCAGCAUGCUGUACAUUCCCUCGGCACAUGGUUCUACCAGAAGGUGGUGUUAUCAUGUGAUCCAUCUCAAGAUGGUGACUACGUUGCUGUAACCAUUUACUAUGAUGCCAACUGUAUGUCUUUUGCAAGAUCAAGAGAAGGCUGCUGGCGACUUGCUGCUACUAUAGCCGAUGGAAGCGACGAUCGUAUUUGUUACCACGUGAAAAACACGCUUUGGCCGGUUGAUGCAAAUGUGGUGCUUACGAUCCCAAUGAGAGAGGACAUGGAUGUUUUCUGGGCUUGGAAUCCUGACCCGAAAGGCAUUUUCACCGCAAAUGGCUAG